UAAUUAAGCUCUUCAUCAGUAAAGAUGAGAUGUGAUAACAUCUAAAGCAAUGCUCAAAAUAGUUUAGAAAAGAAUAAUUAAGGAGGUGUUUGAAAUUUUGUUAAAUCGAACGUGAUAUUCAGAUAUAAAAAGAGCUGAAGUAUGACGUCUUACGGAGCAACGAAAGAAUGUAAAGAAGAAAGCCAUAGUUUCGUUCUAAAAAAAAUUGGCAAGUAUUGGAUCUUGAAAACAAAUACUUCCUCAAAACGUCUUGCAUUUCUUGACGAUGCAAAGUAUGUUGAAAUUGACGAUAACAUUCUAAUAGCAGAUGAACGGUUAUUUGAAAUACACAAAAAUGAAAAAGGUGAAUAUUCAUUUCGCCAUGUUGAAGAUGUUGCCUGCGAGACCUAUUUUUCUUUGACAAAAAGCUCAACCAAACCAUUCAUAAAAAGAAUUGAUACCCCGAAAGCACCAAUAAAGACGAACAAAGACAAUAAUGAUAUGGAUGUGUAUAAUUAUGUUGAAAAUGAACAAGUCCCAAGUGCACGUUCUGUAAAUGACGAAUAUUAUGAGGAAGUGAAUUUAGAUGAAGGUGAAACAGAACAUUUUAAAUUAGUUAACGACUCUUUGCCUCGGGACGAUAAGAAAAUGCAGCAUUUUGACAAACAGUUGAGUUCGUCGGCUUACACUAAAAGCUGUAACGACUAUUUAAACAUUAGAUCUGUCGGUGAAUUAAAGAUUGAAUCUGACGGUGAUUUAAACACUGGGUCUGCAGCCAAAAUGAUGAAAGGGCACGAUAGGUAUGAUUCCGUGGAGGUUGGUAGUACGGAAGUAGAUAGUAAUAUAAAUGUUGUAGACAUGACAAAAACAACAUCUGGAGGUAAUCAACAUGACGAGUUUCAAGUAAUCAUUGAACCAUCACAACUGACAAAGAUGUGUGCUAUUGAAGGGGAGAUGACGCUAUCGAUAACGGAUACGGCAUUUAUUUUCAAAGAUAUUAACACGGGAAGAGAAAAGUACAGGUUUCCGUUGCCUUGGAUAAGACGUUUCGGGAAAGACGAUUCAGUUUUCAGUUUUCAAGUUGGUCGAAAAUGUCCGAAUGGAGCAGGAGAUGUGAUCUGUAUAACUAAAAAAGCCAAACAAAUUCAUAAGAAGUGUAUCAAAUUAUCGAAAGAUAAAAAAGUAUGAAAUGAGAAUAUUAUAAAAUAUGUAAAUAUCCCGUCGCGUGACAACACUAAGUUUGAUUUUAAAAAAAAAGAAAAGAAAAAACAACAACAACAAAAAACAAGCGAGGAAUCCCCCAAAAUUAUAUUAUAUUAUAUAUGUAUAUAUAUAUUUCAACAUGAUAUCAUUUGCGUUACACAAGCAUAGUGUUAAGAAGCGUUAAAUGUUAGCGUUAUACUAUAGACGCGUCAAUGAAAUUUUUCUUUUGUCAAUUCAAACGGUCUUUAUUUUUGGUAUGUCAUAGAUAGAGUGUUAAAUUCGCGUAAGUUCAUAAUUUAUUGCACUCGUUGAAUAAAAUAAUAUUAUGCUCUUGACAGAGGCACGCGGAAUAAAAUUUUA